AUGUCGUCGAUGUUGGACCUCGGCGACGAGAAGUGCUCCGCCGCCGUCGGCGAGGGGGCCUACGUCAUGGCCAGCAUCAUGGCCAUCACCGGCAUCAUGGCCACCGUCCUCGUGCUCUCCGGCCUCUUCCAUUCCGCGCUCCGUCGGCUCGGCCAGCCGAGCAUCAUCUCCCACAUCCUGGCCGGUAUCGUGGUCGGCCCGACGGUGCUCGGCCGCGCCAUGGACCUCCGCGAGCUCGGCAUGCAGGACGCCGGCCGCGCGCUCAGCGGCACGAUCUACUUCGUCCGCAUGGUGUUCAUGUUCUUCAUCGGCCUCGAGCUGGACCUGCGGUACCUUCGCCACAACCUGCGCCGGUCGCUGGCCGUGGCCUGCGGCGGCUCCGCGCUCUGCUUCGUCCUCGCCGUGCUGGCGGGGCCUUUCUCCUACGGUCUCCUGCACCCGGGUCAGGCCUCCUUCCAGCCUGACAAGAUCUACGCCUCCACCGCGCUCUUCACGCUCGUGCUCACAAGCACCGCCUCCCCCGUCCUCAUCCGCAUCGUCACCGAGCUGAAGCUCACGGGCUCCGAGACCGGCCAGCUCGCCAUCGGCGCCGCCUUCGCCAACGACAUGGCCAGCCUCACCGCCCUCAGCGUCAUCAUCGUCACCCACACCGUGUACGGUGAAUCGGUGCCCAAGGAGGACGAUCUCUCCCCGGCGUUCAAGGCCGCGAGGCUGGCGGUGAUGGCGGCGACGGCGUGGGUGGCCGUGAGCCUGGCGGCGUGGGUGGCUCGCCUGCUGAACCGGCUCAAGCGCGGGCGGCAGUACAUCAGCAAGUACGAGCUGUGCGGCAUGCUUAUCCUCGUCAUGAUCCUCUCCCUGCUGGAGCAGGUCCUGGGUUACAGCGCCUCCAUGACGGCCUUCCUCAUCGGCCUCGCCAUGCCGCGCGAGGGCCCCACGGCGCGGACGCUCAUGGACCGGCUCGCCUACCCCGUGCACCAGCUCAUCAUGCCGCUCUGCUUCGGGGCCAUCGGCGCCCGCCUCGACUUCGCCAAGAUCGGGCACUUCACCGCCGUCCAGCUCAUCGUGGCCGUCGCCUUCACCACGCUGCUGAGCGCGGCGGGGAAGGUGGCCGGCACCGUGCUGGCGUGCCGGGCGCUAGGCAUCGCGACGCGGGAGGCCGUCGUGCUGGGCGCGCUGCUCAACGUCAAGGGCUACUCCGACAUCCUCGCCAUCAACUUCGGGAACAAGGUCCACGUCUGGGGCGAGCCCGUCCAGGUGGUGCUCCUCCUGUCGUCCAUCAUCAACACGUUCAUGGCCGGCCCGGCGUCCGCCGCCAUCGUCCGCCAGCAGCGCCGCGCCUUCCGCUACCGCUCGCGCUGCCUCCAGGACCUCAGGGUGGACGACGAGAUCCGGGUGCUCGUGUGCGUCCACUCCGCCGGGGGCGUCCAUCCCAUGCUCACGAUCGCCAACCUCUCCAAGGGCAGCGCGUUGCUCCCCGUCCCCGCCUACCUCCUGCACCUCGUGGAGCUCGUCACCUCCCGCAAGUACGCCAUCACGCACCAGCUCUACCACGCCCGCGACGGCGGCGAGGACGAGGACGAGUGGGGCUACGCGCGCGAGAUCGACAUGGUGGCCGAGGCCGUGGCCGCCUUCACCUACGACAACGCCAUCCCCGUGCGCCAGAUGACGGCCAUCUCCAACCUGACGUCCAUGGACACGGACGUGCGCCACAGCGUGGAGGACGCGCGCGCGUCGCUGGUGAUCAUGCCCUACCACAUGGAGCAGCGCUACGACGGGCGCAUGGUGUCCCGGGGCGAGGGCCGGCGCCUGCUCAAUCAGCGGGUCCUGCAGCGGGCGCUGUGCACGGUGGGGAUCCUUGUGGAGCGCCGCUGCCCAGGAGGUCACGGGGGAGCACCUCCAGUGAUGGCGCUGUUCUUCGGCGGCGCGGACGACAGGGAGGCCGUGGCAUACGCGGCGCGGAUGGCGGCGCAGCCGUCGGCGGAGGUGACGGUGUGCAGGUUCCUCCUUCCGAGUGGGAAGGGCCUGUUGGGGAACCAGGACACGGCGGAGGAGGCGAUGCUGGACGAGGAGUUCAUGGCGGACAUGUACGGAAGGUUCGUGGCGCCGGGGCAGGUAGCGUACAUUGAGAGGCACGUGAGCAAUGGAGCGGAGACGGUGAACGUGCUGAGCUCCAUGGUGGGGACGUGCUCGCUCUUCGUCGUCGGCAGGGGCGGCAAGGCCGACGGCGACAGAGGCGUGAUGACGAGGGACAUGGGGGGUUGGGAUGAGGAGUGCCCGGAGCUAGGCCCCAUCGGCGAGCUGCUGGCCUCGGACGACCUGGCGGGCUGCGGCUCCGUGCUGGUGGUGCAGCAGCACAACGUGCGCCAGCCCAAGCACAGGAUGAGGACAUGGAACAUGGACAUCCAGCAAUUUCUUCCUCAAGCUCAGCACCACCAAGCAGAUUUAGCUGGUUCUGAUGCUGUUGUCGACAUCCUCGGAUCCUCCUCCAUGGCAUCUAAUUUUUCACUAAAUCGUCCAAAUUGA